AUGUCAAAUCAAUCGAGCUCUCCUGUAAGAGGAAACUUUGACUCAAGCUCAUCUCCAGCUAGGGCUCCUAAUGCAAAUGUUCGCCAACCAUCAUCUCCCGCAUUGUUUUAUAACACUUCUUCCUCACAGCCGGACACUUACGAACGAGAUAGUGCAAGGCAGCCUCGAAGAAAUGUGCCUGCUGCCCAGGGGUCGUCACCGUUCUUCUAUCCGUCAUCCUAUGAUGAUCGGUAUUCCAGUCUGGGAUCGCACAGAAGAGAACAAAUAGCUGAACAAAGGACCACACCAGGAAGAAACCUGACUUCUGAUUUAGGUAACGACCCAGCAGGGUCGCUCUCAUCUACGUUUGGUGGUCGCCCAAGCAACCGCGUACACAUGCGAAGAAAUGAUAUUCAUGCAUCUGAUCUGUCCUCACCGAGAAGAAUCGUGGACUUGGACGUCCGUUCCGGGCUUCCAGCGUCUUCAUCUUCAGCACUGCCUUCUGAAGCCACCGAGCCACUGAGAAUUAUUUGGGGUACCAACGUCAGUAUUCAGGAAUGUGCUAAUGACUUCAGGAGCUUUUUGAUGUCAUUCAAAUACAAGUAUCGUAAAACAUUGGAUGACAGAGAGAUUUUAAUCAACUCUACUACGGAUGAGGAAUUGUAUUACGUCAAGCAGUUGAACGAAAUGCGAGAACUGGGCCUCUCUAAUCUGAACUUAGAUGCUAGGAACCUCUUGGCAUACAAGCAGACUGAAGAACUAUAUUAUCAGCUGCUAAAUUACCCUCAGGAGGUUAUAUCGAUCAUGGAUCAGACCAUCAAAGAUUGCAUGGUGUCGCUAGUGGUUGACAAUAACUUGGAGUACGAUUUGGAUGACAUCGAGACAAGAUUCUACAAGGUAAGGCCGUAUAAUGUUGAAACUGAAAGAGGAAUGCGUGAACUGAAUCCAAAUGAUCUUGAUAAGCUUAUCAGUCUCAAAGGUUUGGUUCUUAGAAGUACUCCCGUUAUACCCGAUAUGAAAGUUGCGUUUUUCAAGUGCAACGUCUGUGAUCACACCAUGGCUGUAGAGAUCGACCGAGGUGUGAUUCAAGAGCCUGCAAGAUGCGAGCGCGUUGAUUGUAAUGAACCAAACUCGAUGUCUUUGGUGCACAAUCGAUGCUCCUACGCGGACAAGCAGGUUAUCAAACUGCAGGAAACGCCGGAUCUUGUUCCUGACGGUCAAACGCCGCAUUCGGUAUCGCUCUGCGUUUAUGAUGAGCUGGUAGAUUCCUGUCGUGCUGGUGAUCGAAUUGAAGUGACAGGUACUUUUAGAUCUGUUCCUAUUAGGGCUAAUCCCAGACAGCGUAUCCUUAAAUCUCUUUACAAAACUUACAUUGAUGUGGUGCACGUCAAGAAAGUCUCAGAAAAGAGGUUAGAUAUUGACACUUCAACAGUGGAGCAAGAACUAUUGCAGAAUAAGUUGAACCAUAGCGAUACAGAGGAGCUGAGAAGAAUAACAGCUGAAGAUAUCGCUAAAAUCAAAGAAGUGGCGAAAAGGGAGGAUCUUUAUGAGCUUUUGGCUAGAUCGAUUGCCCCCAGCAUCUACGAAUUGGAUGAUGUUAAAAAGGGUAUACUGCUUCAACUCUUCGGCGGCGCAAAUAAGAAAUUCACAAAAGGUGGCAGAUAUAGAGGAGAUAUUAACAUUCUGCUCUGCGGCGACCCUGGGACCGCUAAAUCCCAAAUCUUGCAAUACGUUCAUAAAAUCGCUCCUCGAGGUGUCUACACUUCUGGUAAGGGUUCCUCGGCUGUCGGGUUAACCGCAUACGUUACGAGAGACGUUGAUACUAAACAAUUAGUGCUAGAGAGUGGUGCAUUGGUGCUUUCCGACGGUGGUGUUUGUUGUAUUGAUGAGUUUGACAAAAUGAGUGACUCGACUAGGUCAGUGCUGCACGAAGUUAUGGAGCAACAGACAAUAUCCAUAGCGAAGGCAGGUAUUAUCACCACUUUGAACGCUAGAGCCUCGAUUUUGGCCAGUGCUAACCCCAUUGGAUCUCGAUACAAUCCCAAUUUACCGGUAACGGCGAAUAUCGAUUUGCCACCACCUCUGCUUUCCAGGUUCGACCUCGUUUACUUGGUCCUCGAUAAAGUGGAUGAGGGAACCGACAGAGAGCUCGCCGAGCACUUAACCAGCCUUUACAUCGAAGACAAGCCGCAGCACGUUGCGACCGAUGACGUGCUGGCGGUUGAGUUUCUGACUGCCUACAUCAACUAUGCAAAGGAAAAUAUCCACCCUGGCAUCACGGAACAGGCCAAGACUGAGCUUGUCAGGGCGUACGUGGGAAUGCGCAAGAUAGGUGAUGAUUCAAGAUCUGACGAGAAACGCAUUACCGCCACCACCAGGCAACUUGAGAGCAUGAUCAGAUUGUCCGAAGCACACGCCAAGAUGAGGCUGUCCGAGCAAGUAGAAAUCCAAGACGUCCAGGAGGCUGUGAGACUAAUCAGAUCCGCCAUAAAGGACUAUGCAACCGAUCCUAAGACAGGCAAGAUUGACAUGAACCUAGUUCAAACAGGUAAAUCAGUCAUCCAACGCAAACUGGAAGAAGACCUCGCAAGGGAAAUUCUCAGAAUCCUUACCGAUCACACUUCGGACUCGAUGAGUUUCAACGAGUUGAACAAGCAGAUCAACGAGCAUUCGCAGGAUAGAGUGGAGUCAUCCGAUAUAUCAGAGGCCCUCUCUCGACUACAGCAGGAAGACAAGCUCAUAGUCUUGGGUGAAGGUGUCAGACGAUCAAUCAGACUGAAUGUACGCGUAUGA